GCUGCCUGCCGCUCCGUGGUAUUUCCAACAUAACAUCCCGGGUCAACACACUGACUCUGUCAUUUUGUCUCUGACCCUCCACUCCGCUCUUUCUGUCCCUCUCUCUGUCCGUCGUCCUCAGGCACCCAGACCGGACGGAGGACCAACACCUGCUGGUUUCAGGUAUGAGUGAGAGCAGCACAUCAACACAUCAGCAGGUUUCACACUGCAGCACUGGAUGGUUUAGUUCAGUUUUGGGAUUAUAAAGGUUAAGCCUGCUAUUGAAAUCGCCCGGAGGGGUGAGCUGAGGUCGACCUCGGCCUGGACCGGGAUCGAAUUGUUUCCACUGGUUGUUUGUGCUUCAUGAGCUGACAUGAAUUUAUGAGGGGAAAGUGUUUUUGUUUGUUUGUUUUUUUUUAAAGUUAUGUGCAGGUGCAUGUUGGCUUGCUGGUGAAAUAAAGCUGAGCAGAAAAUAUACUUAGAUGACAGCAAGAGACUAAACAAUAUUUACUGCAUGUGUUCCUAGAGUGAUCAAAAUUUAGAAGCAAGUGAGAUUCACCAGAAUAGUCUUUGUCCUGAGUACAGUACAGUUUAUUUACAGUCUUAGAGUAAUGAUCUCCAAAUGUAGAAUUGGCUUUUACAUCAUUAGAGGUCAGGAUGGAUUGCUUGUUCUGGUCUGUUGACUCACUUUACUGACAGUUUAUUAAUAGAUCUAUUGAUUCUUUGUUGCUCUGGCUAAUUAAAUGAUCAUCAUACUGGCCUAUCUGUUAUCCACUUUGAUUACACGCAAGUAAUUGUUGACCUCAGUUGUAUUUUUUUCAUCUUUGCCCCUAACUUACAGACCCUGUCACCAGAACUGAAAAGUCAGACAUGAUGAGAGGCAUCGGACGAGGGCCGGUGAAGAUGCAGAACAUGUUAAUGGAGCUAAUGGUGCUUGUGGGAGUCACUGGUAUGAGUUACGGUGCCACUCAGAGACCUGACUAUGAUGACACACCCAACCCGGAGUUCCUCAACCCGUCCUGGAUGGCCAGCAUCCCUGAUGACCAGCCGCUGUCUGAGAUCACCAUGCCUGGGACCCACAACACCAUGGCCCUGUACGGCGGCAUCUAUGCUGAGUGCCAGACCUGGAGCCUUGAGUCCCAGCUCCGUGCUGGUGUCCGCUUCCUGGACAUCCGUGUGCGUCACGUCAAGGGGAACCUGACCAUCCACCACGGGGUGUCCUACCAGCGGGCUCACUUCGGCCACGUGCUGGUGGGUGUGGCUGACUUCCUGAGCAAGCAUCCAAGUGAGACCGUGCUGAUGCGCCUGAAGGAGGAGUUCAGUGAGACGUAUGACAUCUACGGGGCUGUGGUGGACUACAUCCACCGCUACAUCCACUGGGACCUGCUAUGGCACAGUCGGCUGGUGCCCACCAUGGGCGAGGUCCGAGGGAAACUCAUCGUCCUGCAAGACUUUUCUGGGCCAGACUUGGGGAUGCGUUAUGGUUCCCUGGACAUAUCUGACGACUGGAGGGUUCCCACACUGCUGCACGUGGAGAAGAAAUGGCAGAGCGCGUAUGAGCACCUGGAGGCUGCACCCACAGGAAACAUGGCCCAGAUCUUCCUCACCUACAGCAGCGGAGCCGGUGUGUUCGCGUACCCAAGAGCCGUCGCUCAGCGCAUCAACACGCAGCUGUACAACUACCUGAGGGCCAAGACGGACCUGAACCAGCGUUUUGGAAUCAUAUGCAUGGACUUCCCUUCUGCUCCUAUGAUUCAAAUGAUCAUUGAGUUCCAGCUUAAAGAUGAGAUAAAGAGAGGACAGGCCUUUAACAGAGUUCCCAGCAAGGCAAGUUUGAAAUAUACGAUUUCCUUACUGAAAAAGAAGAUGAUCAAAGGUUUUACUGUUGAUGCCUGAGCCAAAAAUCAAGCACACGUACUUGUUGUGAGGGAAGAGUAGAUUAGUCAAUGACUGUACAAUCAAUGAGACGUCACUACAGCUGCUGCUCAAGUUCAAUAGUGAAACAAACAUGAUUAAAAUUACACCUCGGAUGAAACUUCUGAUUGUGUCAUUCACCAAAGAUACUGGGAACAAAAUAAAUGUCAUAAAAAAAUCA